UGGGUGCAUUUAAAAGGUAAUCCCAUAGAGAGAGAUACAACUGGAACUCCAGAGCUAUCCACAGCAUUUAAGGAAAAUGGCUUUAGUGUCUGAGAUUUUGACGAAACUUACAUUGAGUUAUGGAGGGGAGAGAGAACCUAAAUGCCCUACGGUGGUGGCAGCUUAUAAUUUUAACCCAGAGGAGGAUGCAGCCAAAAUAGAGACAGCCAUCAAAACCAAAGGUGUUGAUGAGCAUACGAUCAUUGACAUUCUGACAAAACGCAGUUGCGCACAAAGGAGCGAAAUUGCAUUUGAGUAUGAAAAACGGGCAAAGAAGGAUUUGGUAAGUGCCCUGAAGGGGGCGCUCUCAGGCUCUUUGGAGCAUCUGAUUCUGGGGUUGAUGAAGAGCACAGCACAGUAUGAUGCCUCUGAACUGAAAUCAUCAAUGAAAGGUCUGGGCACUGAUGAGGAGAGUCUUAUUGAGAUAGUGUGCUCUCGCAAUAAAGAAGAGCUGAUGGAAAUCAAGAAGGUUUACAAAGAAAUGUUUAAGAAGGAUUUGGAGAAAGAUGUUUCUGGAGACACAUCUGGUGAUUUCGCUAAGCUGCUCCUGGCCCUUGUACAGACCAAGAGAGAUGAGCCGAGUAACGUGGUGGACUAUGAGAAGAUUGACAAUGAUGCAAGAGCUCUUUAUGAUGCUGGAGUGAAGCGAAAAGGAACUGAUGUGACCACCUGGAUUUCAAUCUUCUGUGAGAGGAGUGUCCCACACUUGCAGAAAGUGUUUGAAAGGUACAAGAGAUACAGCCCAUAUGACAUUAAGGAGAGCAUUCGAAAGGAGGUGAAGGGAGAUCUGGAAAAAUCCUUCCUCACACUAGUUGAGUGCCUGGAGAACAAACAUCUGUAUUUUGCCAGCAGACUCAGUGACGCCAUGAAGAGUAAAAGUGUGAAAGAGAAGGUAGUAACCCGCAUUAUCGUCUCCCGCUGUGAAGUCGAUCUAAUGAAGGUCCGUACAGAGUUUAAGAGGAAUUUUGGAAAAUCUCUGCAACAGACAAUUUUAGAGCACACUAAAGGUGACUACCAGAGAGCUCUACUGAAUCUCUGUGGAGGAGAUGACUAAACAUAAUCUAUAAUCUUCUGCUGCAGAUGUCUAGCAGUGAAAACCUUUCCAAACAAUUAGCUAAAAUGCAGUAUUAUUAUAAGCAUGCUUUGUGUUUUCUUGUGCCAGUAUGAUUGACAUUUACUAUUAGUAAAACUCACUCAGACAAUUUAAUACAGAAUAAAGUUGUUUUUUUUUUUUAAUUGUUUAUUUUAUGAUUGUUUUUUUUUUAUUUAAUUUUUUUAAUUGAUAUUAAUAAAAACACUUGUAUGUACA